UUUAGCCAGGUGAUGGGGUAGUGUGCACUUAUAAUUCCAGUACUCAGGAGGCUAAGGCAGGAGGAUCGAGAGUUCGAGGCCAGGUUGGGCUGCAUCCACAAGACCCUGUAUCAAAAAAACUAAAAAAACAAAAGUAUGAUGGCUGAGAGUGGGGAUGUAACUCAGUGGUAAAGUACUUACCUAGUAUGAUGAGGACCUGAGUCCCACCCCACAUUUUAAAAAAAGAGAGAGAGAGAGAGAGAGACAGUCUGGCCAUAAUCUCUGAAGACAAGGCUCUGAGUUGUCUAGCAAACCUGAUUGCCUUUGUCUGACUCAAGAGACAUGUCCAAAGUCCAAAAGGUGCCGGAUAUCAGGAUGGUCAUUUACUAGGGUAUGUGACAAUCCUGAACAGGCCAAGUCCGGACAAAACCACCCAGGAUUCCAAGGCAGGUCGGAUUGGGGGUGGGUGGAUACAAAAACCAUUUCCGCCCUUUCCCUUCCUCCCCUCCCCACCCUCACCUCUGCCCACAACAACAGACCAGAGAGAGCUGGGAAAGAAAGGACUAGAAAGAUUUGCUAUGUUACGAAUCUGACUCAUUCUGGGGACGCUUCACUUCAACCUGGGAUCCCUUCCAUGAUAGACCACACCUGCCAAGACUGUUCAGUGUGCAAGGAGUGGGGGAAGGAGGCAGACGAAGACCAUGCAACUAUUCUUUGGCCACGGGCCUAACACCGAAUACAGCCUGAUCCUCAGGGUCCUUGAAAUAAAGACUGCGGGCCUUCGGAGGAGCCACAGCUCCCCACCAAGUGCUGGACUAGGCCAAAUCUGCCUUCAGAGACUGACCCACCGCCCUGUGCACAGCACUAGAAGUGUGGGAAGGGAGUGACGGAAAGGAAAGGCCUGUGACCUAGGGCUUCCUUGGUUAACUUGGCAGACUGUCCCAGGUGGGAAGAAGGAAGGGAGAGGUAGGCAUGGGGAUAGGGAAGAGGGAAAAUUGAAGCUGGAGAAGGAAGGGCCAUCUUCAGACUAUAUCCCAGGCCUCCUGUUAUGCCCCUUCCCCACCUGUUAGUUUUUCUCCUUGCUGCUGUCAGGUUCGCAAGGGACUUGGGAGUCACCAUGGCAACCGAAGAGUCUAUCAUUCGCAUCCCCCCCUACCACUACAUCCACGUGUUAGAUCAGAACAGCAACGUGUCCCGUGUGGAGGUCGGGCCAAAGACCUACAUCCGGCAGGACAAUGAGAGGUUCGUGUGCUCCCCAGGAGACAAGGGGGGCCUGUUUACCUCCUCUCUGCUUUCAAGUGGAAAUGGCCCUCACUUGGGUGGCAGGGAGGUUUCUCCUGCCGCCUCCUUUGGAGGGAGAUCUUGGUCCUCACAGUCCUUCUCACCCUCCAACAGGGUGCUGUUCGCCCCCAUGCGCAUGGUGACUGUCCCCCCACGUCACUACUGCACAGUAGUCAACCCAGUGUGCCGGGACGCCCAGGGCGCAGUGCUCUUUGACGUCACAGGGCAAGUACGGCUUCGCCACGCUGACCAAGAGAUCCGGCUGGCCCAGGACCCCUUCCCCCUGUACCCAGGAGAGGUGCUGGAAAAGGACAUCACCCCGCUGCAGGUGGUUCUGCCCAACACUGCCCUGCACCUCAAGGCUUUGCUGGACUUUGAGGAUAAGAACGGAGACAAGGUGUUGGCAGGAGACGAGUGGCUGUUUGAGGGACCAGGCACAUACAUCCCCCGGAAGGAGGUGGAGGUCGUAGAGAUCAUUCAGGCCACGAUCAUCAGGCAGAACCAGGCCCUUCGCCUAAGGGCUCGCAAAGAGUGUUGGGACCGGGACGGCAAGGAAAGGGUGACAGGAGAAGAAUGGCUGGUCCGCUCUGUGGGCGCGUAUCUCCCAGCAGUCUUUGAGGAGGUUCUAGAUUUGGUGGAUGCUGUGAUCCUUACAGAAAAGACAGCCCUGCACCUCCGGGCUCGGCAGAACUUCCAGGACUUGCGGGGAGUGACCCGCCGCACUGGGGAGGAAUGGCUGGUGACAGUGCAGGACGCAGCAGCCCACGUGCCAGAUGUCCACGAGGAAGUACUGGGGGUGGUGCCCAUCACCACUCUGGGCCCCCAACACUACUGUGUGGUCCUCGACCCAGUCGGGCCCAAUGGCAAGAACCAGCUUGGACAAAAGCGUGUUAUCAAGGGAGAGAAGUCCUUUUUCCUCCAGCCAGGGGAGAGGCUGGAGCGUGGCAUCCAAAAUGUGUAUGUGCUGUCAGAGCAGCAGGGACUGCUUCUGAGGGCCCUGCAGCCCCUGGAGGAAGGGGAGGAGGAGGAGAAGGUCUCCCGCCAGGCUGGGGACCGCUGGCUCAUCCGCGGACCCCUGGAGUACGUGCCAUCGGCCAAGGUGGAGGUGGUAGAGGAGCGUCAGGCCAUCCCUCUGGAUGAGAACGAGGGUAUCUACGUGCAGGAUGUCAAGACUGGAAAGGUGCGUGCUGUUAUUGGGAGCACUUACAUGCUGACUCAGGACGAGGUCCUGUGGGAGAAGGAGCUGCCACCUGGGGUGGAGGAGCUGCUGAACAAGGGCUACGACCCUCUGGCAGACAGGGGCCAGAAGAACUCAGCUAAGACCAUUCAGUCCUCAGUUCCUCGGAACAAGACCCGUGUGGUCAGCUACCGUGUCCCGCACAAUGCGGCCGUGCAGGUGUAUGACUACAGGGCCAAGAGAGCUCGUGUGGUCUUUGGGCCUGAGUUGGUGUCUCUGGAUCCUGAGGAGCAGUUCACAGUGUUGUCCCUCUCCGCUGGGCGACCCAAGCGUCCCCACGCCCGUCGCGCACUCUGCCUGCUGCUGGGGCCUGACUUCUUUACAGACCUCAUCACUAUUGAAACAGCAGAUCAUGCCAGACUGCAGCUGCAGCUUGCCUACAACUGGCACUUUGAGGUGAGUGACCGGAAGGACCCUCAAGAGACUGCCAAGCUCUUCUCAGUGCCUGACUUUGUGGGUGAUGCCUGCAAGGCCAUCGCGUCCCGGGUGCGAGGCGCUGUGGCCUCUGUCUCCUUUGAUGACUUCCAUAAGAACUCAGCUCGCAUCAUUCGCACAGCUGUCUUUGGCUUUGAGACCUUGGAAGCCAAGGGCUCAGGUGGCAUGGGCCUGCCUAAGCCCCGGGACCAGGCCGUCUUUCCCCAAAAUGGGCUGGUGGUCAGCAGCGUGGACGUGCAGUCGGUGGAGCCGGUGGACCAGAGGACCCGGGAUGCCUUGCAGCGCAGCGUCCAACUGGCCAUCGAGAUCACCACCAACUCCCAGGAGGCAGCGGCCAAACACGAGGCUCAGAGACUAGAGCAGGAAGCCCGGGGGCGGCUUGAGAGGCAGAAGAUCUUGGACCAGUCAGAAGCUGAAAAAGCUCGAAAGGAACUCUUGGAGCUCGAGGCUAUGAGCAUGGCGGUGGAGAGCACCGGGAAUGCCAAGGCAGAAGCGGAGUCCCGCGCAGAGGCAGCGCGGAUUGAGGGGGAAGGCUCCGUGCUGCAGGCCAAGCUGAAGGCGCAGGCCUUGGCCAUUGAGACGGAGGCUGAGCUCCAGCGGGUACAGAAAGUACGAGAGCUGGAACUGGUCUAUGCCCGGGCCCAGCUGGAGCUGGAAGUAAGCAAGGCCCAGCAGCUGGCUGAGGUGGAGGCAAAGAAGUUUAAGCAGAUGACCGAGGCCCUGGGCCCCAGCACCAUCAGGGACCUGGCCGUGGCUGGACCAGAGAUGCAGGUUAAACUGCUCCAGUCCCUCGGCCUGAAGUCAACCCUGAUCACCAAUGGCAACUCUCCCAUCAACCUCUUCAGCACAGCCCUUGGACUGCUCGGGCUGGAGUCUGAGACUCAGCCUCCAGCCAAAAAGGCGCCUAAGGGGCUCAGCCCUGGGCAGGGCUUGCUUUUCCAAGCCCCUCCUGCCUCUCAGGCUCCUGCAAGCAACCAAGACAUGCCUUAGCUCUGUCCUGCACUGACAAUAGACCAAUAAAGUGACACU